CUUCUGAAAAAUCACGGAGAUCAAGGACUUCAAAUUUGCAUCAGAAACUUAAUACAGAGACAACGAUCUCCUGGAGAAGUCUUCCUUCUCUUGUGCUGAUCGGAGUUGAUGUUGAGAUGAUGAAGGAAUGGCACGGCAAUCCGCGGUUCGACGUCUUACUGCAGAAUCUGAGGAGAAAAAGAAGCAAGAUCGCAAGUUCGGCGUCGACAAAAUCUGCUCGAGACGACAGGGAAUGGCCUGAUCUCCCCAAGGACAUCGUCGACAUCAUCGUGAUGCGUCUGUCGACGAAGGACUACGCCCGGUUCGCUUCCGUGUGCAGGAGCUGGCGGCCCUGCAUGCACCCCGACGCCCGCCCGAUGUGCCUCAUGCUGCUCCGCUGGAGCGACGGGGCAUGCAACGUGUUCGAUCCCUCCUCGCGCCGGAGGAUCAACUACGACGCCGAGUUCCCCGAGCUCGCUCGAUCUCAGAUCCUCUACUGCAGGGACGGGUGGCUGCUGCUCAAGCGCUGGGCCACCGACAAGCUCUUCUUCUUCCACCUCGGCACGAGAUCGCGCUCGAACGUGCCUUAUCACCCCCGCAUGACGCCUCGCCUCGCCGCCUUCUCGUCGCCGCCGUUGUCCGGGGACUGCGUGGUUGUCGUCCUCGACGACCUCUGCAGAAUCUUCACCUGGCGGUCGUUCGACUCGGAGUGGCGACUCCACGGGACGAGGAUCAAGUACAAGUCGAACCUCGUGCCGUGCGGCCGCCACUUCCAUUGCCUCUGCCAAGACGGGCAGCUGGGCACCCUCGACGCAGCCGACAAGAAGUGGUCCGUCCGCGACAUGCCGGCGGCCAGGGAGCUGAUGUUGUCGGAGGGGACAGAAGCCGGCCGGCAUUACCUUGCCGAGUUCGACGGAGGCCUCUACAUGGUCUUCGUCAGUGCGCGACGAAGGCACGUGAGGGUGUUCAAGAUGCGCCGGGCGGGGGCCACGGAGGAGAUCGAGAUGCUGGGGAACCGGACGAUCUACAUCAGUGCGGGGGCGGCGCACAUGGCGAUGGCUCCGUCGAAGGAGAUGGGCAACAGGAUCUACUUCCCCACGCGAGGCUCGUCUAGGGGAUCGAUACACUACUAUUGCAUGGUGAAGCGAAGGUAUAGUUACAGUGUAGAUUUUGUGAUGCCGAGGAAGCUACAUGAACUGUAUGAGAGUAACAUCGAGCGUGUUUGGAUUGAUGUCGGGUGGAAAAGUCCAAAGGAAUUCGAGCAGUUUGGGAGAUGA